AAGGCGGGGAUGACUCGGCUCGGUUAGGCUGCUGAUUAGCAACAAACAGAAGGUUACGAGUUUAAAAAAUUGGACAAUUUGACCGCCAGACUGGGUUUGCGGAUAUAAGAGCGGUAUGAACUAUGUCGGGUGUGUGACCGGGGCUUGUUGGGCCGCUUUCGUGGACACCCGGCGGUGAUUUUUGCAACAUUUGUGGCCGCUCGCGGAGACAACCUCGCUUUUAGGUCGUUGAAGUGGCGAUGCUGAGCUGAUAGCUGCGUCAUCAUGUUGCUUCCGACUCGAGUUGGCGAAAAGAAAUCUCAAGUUAACGCCGGAGGUGAGGCUGCCCGCCGUCAUCCAGCCCCGGAGGCCACCCCCGACGCCUGAGGUGGAUGGGAGACGGGCUGCGGGUGAGCGGUCGGCGGUGAAGCCCGUUUACGUGGUCGCUGUGUAACUGGUGACUUUACAUCACUUGGCUCGGCGGCGUUGGCGCGAUACUCUCCUGGGCUGCAUUUAUUUUCCGCACUGGACUGUCAAACAUUUCUGUUGAUGCUGAUACUAAAGCCCCUCAAACAGAAAGUGUUGAUAUUUUAGGGAUGUUAGUCAUAACUGAAGAAGUGAUGACACUGACAGCUCUGGUGCAAAGAUCCAGUGAAAUGACUCCCAUCUGGUGGUGACUUUUCUUCUCGAGGAAAAACAAGCUUUUGUAAAGCCACAAUAAGCGACGCGACGGCUCGUUUUUAACUAUUUUGUAGCAGUCAGACUGUUAGCGAGGUGUCAGAGAGUGUUUUGUUGUCGGAUCUGCUGUCACCGCAUCCACGUGGACUUUGCUUCACGUUAAAGUUUGGCUCGAAACAGGACUUCAAAGACGAAGCAGCUGUGGUUCCUCUCAUCAAGUUUUAACACAAAAAUAAAACAGGUGAAAAUGGCCAGCACGCACACUAACAAUCAUUACGCAGAGACGUUUUCGUCCAAGCCGUGGUCGGAUGGAGACGGAGCCGGGGAGACGGAGUCAGCCGGGAAAGGGCGUGGGCUUCCCGCACGGUGCUCGCCCAACUUUGAGAUGAUAGACGGGCUGCUGUACCGCAAAAAGCUGGAAAAGGGCUUUAUCAACUACCGGGAGGUUUUGGAUGAGGAGCGGAGACAUGAGGCCAUCUCCACCUUUCACCGGCGGCGGCUUGGCCCGCACCAUCACUCCCUGGAGGAGACCUACAAAUGCGUGGCUGAAAACUACUGGUGGGAAGGGAUGUACUUCCAGAUCAGAGAUUUUGUCCUGGGCUGUCCAGAGUGUCAGAGCCAGCGCACCAAGAAAACGGAGGAGCUGGGUGGCAGAGGAUGUGUCACAAAGACGAUGGUGUCACACAGCGCUGACAUGCUGAGCAAGCUGAGGAGUCAGCGGGAGGCGGGUCUCUUCUGUGACAUUACACUGAGGACGAACGGGAGAUCCUACUCUGCUCACAGAGCUGUCCUGGCGGCCGUCAGCGACCACUUCCAGGAAAUCUUCACAGAAAUGGACUCGAGCAUGAAAGCAGACAUAGAUCUCACAGGUUUUAGUGAGGACAGCCUUCUGUCCCUGCUGGAUUUCUCCUACUCGUCCACUCUGAGUGUUCGCCAGGAGGACCUACCUGAAGUCAUCGCCAUGGCCCGCCACCUGGGAAUGUGGCCUGCGGUGGAAGCCUGCUCCGCUCUCAUGAAAGAGCAGGAGCAGCAGCUCCGUCCCGGCAAGGGCUUUCCCUCCGCCUGCGCCGGUGCAUGUCACGAGCGUCACCACCAGCAGAGGGAAGGCAAAAGGAAAAGGGUGGACAGUAUGAACGACAGCUUCAGUCUAAUGCUGGAUGCAUCAGAUGAGUCUUUAGAAGGAAGUCCAAGACACAAUUUGCGCAGGACACCGAAAUCCCAAGGCCAUAAUGGUCUCCCUCUGAGCCCGACACAUAGGAUGAAGCUCAUGGACUUCAAAUCUCCCUCUUCCAAGAAAGCUACUACACCUCGACACGCCAUGGGCUCUCCGCAGUCACAGAGUUACUUGCGCAUAUCCCCAUCAAACACCCGUCUUCUCCGCUCUACUCCUGGGGCCGCCAAGAAGGUUCAGAGAUUGCUACCCAUGCCAGAGAGCCCUCGACGAAACCGAAAACCUCACUCCAUCACACAGCUGUCCCACAGCAACAGAUCGAGGGUUACAAAGAUGGCAGUGUGCAGCCCUGUGAGGGUAAAGCAGGAGGUGGAGGAGGUUGGAGAAGAUGAACAGGAUUAUGCAAGAGCGCAGGAGAAGUACAAGCUGAUGAAUGUUCUUGGGCUACAGAGGACCGCCCUCCUGCCUAGACCGGAAGAUCUGAUUGGCUGGAGACAGAAGAAGCGACUGAGGAAGCUGAAGGCCAACAACUACUCACUGACAAAGCGCCGAAAACCACGCUCCACCUCCCCAGGACUAACAUACGGGGCUGUGACACUGUCACUUCCCCUCUGUAACCCCGUCAACAGUCACCUCCUCAACAAGUCAGUGAAAAGCAAGCCUGUGGGUCCAAUCAGCACGGAGCAGAUGACGGCAAAGAGGCCAAAGAGCGUCCCGAGACACAUCCCUCCAAGUGACAGGAGCAUGCGAAGUAAAGGUGUGUUACCAGACAUGUUCCAGCCUGCGUCCAGGUCCUCCUUCGGGGGGAGGGAACUAAGACGGUCAGUGAGGACGGGUGACAGCGCCCACCUUCCUGCCCAGCAGCCUCUGCGACGCAAAAAAACCGUAGUGAGAAACACAGCCAGGAUCAAAUCAGAACCAACUCAAUACUCUGUCUCAGGUUUCCCUCUUUCAUCAAAUAAUCACUGCGGCCUCUCACCUCACAAAUCACCACCUCCGCACAGGGCACAGGCCAGAAAUAAGAUCACAGUAGAGUCGGUAAAAACACUGCGUUACAACAAAAGCCGACCAGCAACAAAGGCCAAGCUUAGGCGGGGCUCCACACGGGAGGUGGAGAAGACAAAGUGUAAGCCCAGAGAGGAGGGGAGGAAGGUCAUGGACGUUGGACCGAGAGGGAAGGUUAACGAACCCGGUGGGCUCCAGUUUUCAGAGCACGCACCUCCGCCGUCCAUCUACAACCACCCUCUGUACAAAGUCAUCAAAGAAGAGCCAGCAGAUCCCGUGCCAGUCGGACAUUUCUCUGAUCCUCCCUCUCCAGACCUGGGCAAGCGCCAGAGCAAGCCCCCCAUCAAAUUACUGGACUCGGGCUUUCUGUUCAGCUUCUGUCGGCCAGCAGGGGGGCCGAUGGCGGGACUGAAGAAAGAGGAGGAGAGCGUUGAUAUUUGCUUAAUGCGCUCUGUGUCACAAGUCGGGGAGAAAUUUGGAGCAGAGCAGUCCCCCCACAGGACGCUGAGAGCCAGAGGGCCACCCACCCUUCCUGUGAUGAAGACGGAGAGGGAGGAGAGGAGCGUGACCCGAAGCAAGGCUCAGAGACCCAGGCCAAACCGAAACGGCACUCCUCACCUGGCCAAAUCUGCCGGGUCAAAGGCCACACGGACCAUACCAAAGCAGGGUAAACUCCCUCUGAGCGGCAGGAGCUGCGUCAUGAUGGACGCUGUACGUCGGGCAAGGCUAAAGCAGCUUCGAGGGCCUCGCAGUCAAGUCCCCAAUCUCACAAAGGCGACCCAUGCCUGUGUGCAGUGCUCAGCCUCCUACAAGGACUGUGAUGCUCUCAUCAUGCAUCGCCUCAGGCACAUUGAGGGCAAGCACUGGCCAUGUCCGCUCUGCAGUAAGACCUUCUUCCGACUGAGGAAUGUACGGAGCCACAUCCGCACCCAUGACCCCAAGUUGUACAAAUGCCGGAGCUGCAUUGCUGCCGGCUCCUGAGGCAGCAGGAGGGUUCGCUCAAGCAGCGAAACUGAGGAUGAAGGCUGUGAGUGUCUGACACCAGCGAACAGGCUGAAGCCAGAGGCACAUGAUCGAUCAGCAGCUUGUACAUAAUGCAUCCGUCACACACAAGCACAACGGUCUGUGGAAAGGCAUAAUUACUCUGAUUCUAAUCAUUGCCGUCGUCGAUGAUCGCUAAUGUUAUUUAAAUAACCAAACCACGGUUGCUGGUCCCGUUUGCGUUUCCGUAGCUACAGAAGGUUAAACUUGAACAUUACACUCAGGGGGCGGGGAAUGCGAUGCCACGGUAUAAAGUGAUUUAACGUCACAGUUGUGUAUAAAAUUAAAAUGAUUGUUAUAACUAUAACUGCUAUGUAUUGUUAUUAUUUUUCUAUGUAUAGAUGAAUUUUGAGUGCACUUAUAUCAUAGCUUAUGUUGUAAACCUAAGAAGUGGGGAUGAAACUGAAGGUUUGGAGUCCACGGUGGGAAUACUUGAAGCGAUGCAAGAGCUGGAGGGAAUACUUGAAGUUGGUGGGGGUCUUAGGAGUGAGACUGUCCUCUGGGUGUUUCAGUGGGUCUUUGUCCUUCGGUGUGCUAACUUUUUAACGACUUGACCGGUCUGUCCCUCCUUUCGUAUUGAUCUGCUAGUCUCUCAUAGUCCGCGAGUCGGGGAUUUGGCUCGGGGCUAGUAUGGUGACACCACUGCAUGUGUAUUUGCAGGCCGUUUGUGGUCCACUGUCUUUUCUAAGGCUGCCAAUUUUAAAAAGGGAAAUGUGUCUCGUUUUUAAUGUGAAUUUCUGAGUAGUAAUCAACACAGCUGUGUCAUUACACAUGUUUUAUUGGUCUCCUCUUCCACUUUGAUCCGAGUUCUACUUGUUCGACUUCAAAUCCCCCUCCUACUGAAUAAAUGCAAUGUGUUCACAUAAAGAGAUGUUUGUUUCACAAAUUGAUUUUAGAAAUAACUGAGCUGUCUAUCGCUGUUAAAAGACUGAAUAAAUUUUUGCCUUUUA